GGAUGGACGAGGAUGUUAAAGAAGAAAUUAUUUCGGAGCUAUCAGAAAUUGAUUUUUCGUGGGAGGUACUUUUAAACCAACCGAAUAAUGGCGGCAAUACACCCUUGCAUCUUGCUACCUUUUCCAGAAGUAUAGAUUGUGUACGUGCUCUGACAAAUGCAAGAGUAGAUAAGACAGCCAGGAACAACAUGAACUUGACAGCUUAUGACAUUGCUCACUAUCUAUACAAAUCCUCAAAUCAACAAAAGAGCAAAUUCCUUGACAAGUGGUGGAAAAUUAAAAAAAGGGUGUGUCCGAAUGAAGAGUUCUCUCUCCAAUCAAGUGAGCCAUCCCUGUGGAUAAAAACUUUGAUACCUAAAUUUGUGCCAAUAGCUAAAGAAGAUGAGGAAGAUGAAGAUGAUGAAAAAUAUCGUAAAAGGGUUUCCAAGACACAUAUGCUAGUGGCAACGCUGAUUGCCACUGUAUCUCUUGCUGCGGCUUUCCAAAUUUCAGGAGGUUAUGAGACUGCUGGAGAAACGAAAGGCAUGGCAGUUCUGGCAGGAGAAAUAACUUUCAGGGGUUUUGUGGUAACAAAUAUGAUAGCACUUUCAUGUUCUGUGCUCACUCUAGUAAUUCUUUAUACAAAAGUUGUUUUCUAUGGUUGAUGGCGAUGCUUAAUGGUGGAAGCUAGCUUGCUUGCAUGUAAGGAGAAAUUAAUAAUGAAUUAUUACUUUGCU